AUGCAUUCUUCCAUCAUCUUCACUCUGCUUGCCGCCACCGCCACUCUCACUGCGGCUGCCCCCUCUCUCGGGUCGAAGCGCGACAACACCGUCUGCGCGCCUGGGACCGGCUUCUUCCAGUCUUGCUCCAACGGCUUCCGUGGUUGCUGCAAGGUCGACGCUUGCACCAUCGGCUACUGCCCGGAUGUGACCGGCGCCUCCGACAACAAGCCGGCCGAGACCGCUCCCGUCACUACCGGCCACUCGGCUCACUGGCAACCCACCGACCCGACUGUCUGCGCCCCGGGCGCCGGCUUCUUCCAGUCUUGUGCCAACGGCUUCCGUGGUUGCUGCAAGGAAGACGCCUGCUCUAUUGGCCACUGCCCCUCCGCCUCUGAGAAGCGUCAAGAUCCCACUGUCUGCGCUCCUGGCACCGGCUUCUUCCAGUCUUGCUCCAACGGUUUCCGUGGAUGCUGCAAGUCUGAUGCCUGCUCUCUCGGUUACUGCUCCGACGUCAAGAUCGACAACACCAAGACCGUCAACACCGAGACCGUCAACACUGGGGCUGUCAAGAGCCAGGACCCGACCGUCUGCGCUCCUGGCACCGGCUUCUUCCAGUCCUGCUCCAACGGCUUCCGUGGAUGCUGCAAGUCCGACGCCUGCUCUCUUGGUUACUGCCCUCCCACUUCCGAGAAGCGCCAGGACCCUACAGUGUGUGUUCCUGGCACCGGCUUCUUCCAGUCGUGCUCCAACGGCUUCCGCGGCUGCUGCAAGUCCGACGCCUGCUCUCUCGGAUACUGCCCCGAUGUCAAGACCGCCGCCGCCGAGAAGCGCGCCGCCGCCGCUGAUCCGACCGUCUGCGCCCCCGGCACCGGCUUCUUCCAGUCGUGCUCCAACGGCUUCCGCGGUUGCUGUAAGCAGGACGCCUGCACCGUCGGCUACUGCCCGGAUGUCAAGACCUUCCAGACUGUGGCCAAGACCGCCCCCAAGACCACGCCAACCCCCACCCCGGAGGCCAAGUGCGACGACAGCAACAACAACAACAACAAUGGCAACGGCAGCGGCAACGGUAACGCCGACCCUACCGUCUGCGCCCCCGGCACCGGUUUCUUCCAAACGUGCUCCAACGGUUUCCGUGGUUGCUGCAAGCAAGACGCCUGCACCCUCGGCCACUGCCCUUCCAACUAG